UUUGCAUACGUGGCACAAGACCAGUUGGCUCAGAUGCUGAAAUGCCACGUCUUCCGGUGUGAUACACCUGCCAAGAAUAUUGCCACCAGCCUCCAUGAAAUCUGCUCCAAGAUCGCGACAGAGCGGCGGAGCGCACCAACCUUACUAAACAGGCUCUCACUGGAUCCGUCCAAGAUGGUGGAAAUCCCCUUCCAAGUUGAAUUUCCGGCACCCAAAAGUGAAUCGAUCCAGAAAUUCCAGGUUUACUAUUUGGGGAGUGUUUCCGUGGCCAAGCCUGUGGGCAUGGAGGUCAUCAACACCGCCCUCGAGGCGGCCCUGGCAACUGGCAGCAAAGAGCAGUGGGCACCCGCUCAAGUCAGCGUGGCACCAGCCACCCUCACCCUCACCCGUCAGCAGACUGACACCGUGCUCUGUGAGUGCCGCGUGCGCUUCCUCUCCUUCAUGGGCAUUGGGAGGGACGUCAGGUCCUUCGCCUUCAUCAUGGCUGCUGCGGCUGGCAGCUUCCGCUGCCACAUGGUCUGGUGUGAGCCCAAUGCUGCUGGGUUGAGCGAAGCCGUGCAGGCCGCUUGCAUGCUUCGAUACCAGAAGUGCUUGGACGCUCGGCCCCAAACCACCACCAGCUCCUGCCUCCCGGCCCCCCCUGCCGACUCUGUGGCUCGCCGGGUGGGCUCCACGGUUAGGAAGGGCAUCCAGGCCCUGCUGGGGACCCUCCAACCCAAGCGGCAGGGGGCCCCGACCCCAUGAGCACCAGGCAGGCAAGGGGAAUCUGCCCACUGACCCUGGACCCAGGAUGCAACCAGCGCCACUGGCCCUUGCAGAUCAGCCUUGCAGCUGCCCCAGUGCGUGUGUGUUCUGCAUGACAGCGAGUGCGAGAGAUGUACUCAUCGGGUGCGUGAAACGUGUGGCCUCCAUACUAGUUGGAGGGAGGGUUCUGAUCGAGGGCAGCUGUGCUGCGGCUGCCGGCCCUGGUCCCUGCCCCGGUGGGCCCUGGAAUUAACGGGCCUUCUGGCUGGGGCCGCUGCAGAGGACCUUGCUGGUUUCUGACCACGCACUGGGGAGGCGGGCAUGGUCCCAGCACCCCGCUGCUUGCCCGGGAGCACAGUGGGGGGUGGGGGGAGAGCUGCUGCUGCUGCUGCUGCCAUUGCAAGAACUCUGUCUUGUACUAACCACGAAUAAACUCUGUUCCAAUGACCUCUGAACAUCUCUGGCAUGGUGCU